GUGAGAUCAGAGAGACUAUUGGCAAAACAUUGAAAUUGGAGAUCACUAGUCUGAUUUUCUGCUAUGACAUGACAUAGCUCAGAUGGCUAAUUGGAAGGCCAAAUUCUUGUGUGCAUGAUAAAAUAACAAUAGAGGAAAAAAAGCUAAUAGGUUUGAAGAAAUUCACUACUUUCGUUUGGUUUACUAGGCUGUAAUAACUACUAACAGUAUUUAUAGAAUGACUCACAUUGAGAGUUUUCCUUCAGCUUGAGUUAUUGCUUUUUCUUUCUUUUAUUGUUGAUGUUUGUGGCUGAGAUAUCAGUAAGGCAUGUUCUUUCAUUUUGGACAUGUUACAAGUAUGACUUUGCUCAACUUAUUAAAGGGACAUUUGUACAAACUGAUAGUUUGUUGCCAAUCCAUUUUGCAGUUCUAUCACAUCAUCUGGAAUGUCAGACAUUUUGUGCAUUUAUAUCGUCGGUUCUUCAUUUUGUAUCUGCUCCUUUAGUUGCUAUUGACUUUUAGUAGCUUUGUCAGCAAGUUAUAUGUUGUAUUGGGCUUAUGGCUGAUAUAGAUUUUACAAUUGCACCUUUAUUUCGAAAAGUAUGACCAUUCAUUGUUUAAAACCUAGUGCAGACUUUAAACCCGGUGAACCAGUGUUGGAUUGGCCUACAAGAAAACGUGUAGCUUUGGGAACAGCUCGUGGGUUAGAAUAUCUUCAUGAACAUUGCAAUCCCAAGAUUAUUCACCGUGAUGUGAAAGCUGCAAAUGUUUUGCUUGAUGAAGAUUUUGAAGCGGUAGUUGGUGACUUUGGCUUAGCGAAGUUGGUGGAUGUAAGGAAAAGCUCGGUAACAACUCAAGUUCGUGGGACUAUGGGUCACAUAGCACCUGAGUAUUUAUCUACUGGGAAAUCAUCUGAAAGGACAGAUGUUUUUGGUUUUGGGAUUACGCUUCUCGAACUUGUUACAGGGCAACGUGCGAUAGAUUUUUCACGCUUGGAGGAGGAAGAUGAUGUGUUACUUCUUGAUCACGUAAGAUCAUUCUCACCUAUUUUUUGGUUAUUUGCACCUAAUUACCCCAAGUUUACUCUAGUUUUAACUUUGGUGAAGAAACUGGUAAGAGAGAAGCGCCUCGAUGCCAUCAUCGAUCGCAACCUGAACAAGAACUAUGACAUCGAAGAGGUAGAGAAAGUGAUCCAAGUGGCUCUUCUUUGCACGCAGGCAACGCCAGAGGACCGGCCUUCGAUGUCGGAGGUGGUGAGGAUGUUGGAAGGGGAAGGGUUGGCGGAGCGAUGGGAAGAGUGGCAGCAGGUUGAGGUCAACCGUCGCGAGGAAUACGAGCGCCUCCAUCGGAGAUUCGAUUGGGGGGAUGACUCCAUUUAUAAUCAAGACGCCAUUGAAUUAUCUGGAGGAAGGUAA